AGCUACUUCAUGUUCUGGAAGGAUAGGAGAAGGUUUCGCUGAUCACGAGUAGAUAACUUUAGCUUGAAUAUUUACAAGGAGCGAAUGGGGAGAAGUCGGAGCAGAUCGCCACCAAGAAGAGAAAGACGUCGCUCUCGCUCCGCCUCAAGGGACCGCGAGCGGCGGCGGAGAGAGCGGGAGCGCUCCAGGUCCCGUGAUAGAGACAGAAGGAGAAGUCGUUCGCGCUCACCUCACAGACGCCGCUCGCGGUCUCCACGUCGGCACCGCUCCUCAUCUCUCUCUCCUGUACGGCAGAAAGACAGACGUGAAGAAGAGAAGAAGGAUGUUAAAGAGAAGGUGGUGAAGGAACAUCAGAUCUCAGAGGAGGACCUGCAGGGAAAAACAGAAGAAGAGAUUGAGAUGAUGAAGAUUAUGGGCUUUAGCACCUUUGACACCACCAAGGGGAAGAAGACAGAAGGCUCAGUAAAUGCACAUGCUGUCAAUGUAUCCCAGAAGAGAAAGUACAGGCAAUACAUGAACAGAAAAGGUGGAUUCAACAGACCUUUGGAUUUCAUUGCUUGAACAGAGGGAUGCGGUAGAGGUGUUUAUCGCAGUGUCCUCAAUAUGUCCUUACUUGUGGCUUUGAUGGCAUGUCUGCAUAUUACACUUCACUUGACAUCUGUGUACAAAUCAGUGUAUUGAUUUGUUUUUUGUUUUGUUUUUUAGUAUAUUUUUCAGGCAUUUUCUUCCUUUUACGUAAAUGUCAAGUAACUUGCAGAUGAUUCACAGUUUGGUGUUAGAAACAGAUGAAUUGCUUGUCUGUCGAACUCUUUUGAUAUUUAUCCCAUCACCCUUGUAGUUGUUUUUUAAAACCAUGAGGACAUUGUGUGUUGUAGUAUUCUGCAGUUAUGUUCCUGAUAAACUUGAUACAUACAAUAAAAUGUUUGAAAUAAGAAAAUUUA